AUGGGCGAUCUGACGUUCGGGAAGGCCUUCGGCGUCUUGAAUGAUCUUGAGCUGGAGAACCCUGUAUUCCAGCAGCGCCAGCAAUACAACAGUUCGUCGGGGUCGUUGUGGGCAUCCCGUGGGUAUACAUACUCUUCGGAAAGCAGGCCUGUCGUCCGCGCGGGCGAGGCGCAAGGAGAGACGCAUUACACCCCACCACUGUGCUCACCGCUCCAACAGUCAAUGAGGAAACGCGCACAGAAGGAGGAAAGCCUGCCCGACAUCCAAGGCGCCGGGGCAUCGGGAUUGGUUUACGACGGAUGCGGCGCCGUUGAGGGCGGUACUUGGUAA